UUUAACACAUCUCGAUAAGAGUGUGACGUUUACCAAAAUGGCACUACAAGAAGAUGAAAACACCUGGGUAUUGGAGCUGGAAGCAGCUUUAUAUGAUACAGAGGUACCAUCUGCAUCUGAUAUAUAUGCAAUUUGUAAGGGAAAGGCAAUUCCUGUGUAUCUAAGGCCAGAAGCAUGGGAGGCUUGCCUAGAUGUUACUGAUCGGGGUAAUCAAUUAAGUCACUUCAAUGAAGUCUUUGAUUUACUUGAACAAAAUAUUAUUCGUGAUGAUUGCCAACAAUUUGUUGCAAAGCUAGGAAAUAAUGAUGAGGUUAAAGUAUGCGUUCUAUCUGAUUUAGAGUCUAUUUUAACAUUUUAUUGCAAGAGCAAAGAGAAACAAUAUAAGAGAGGGAACGGAUGGAUAGAGUUAUUAGGUCCUUUAAUAGAUUUGAAACUGCUUCGUAGAGUAACUUACAAUUUAUUUGAGGCAAUAAUAGAUAUUUAUAUUCCUAGAGGUGAAGCCUAUAGUUCUGUAUUAAGAUUGUUGUUACUUUACCAUGAACCAGAGUUAUGUUCUUUUCUGGACACAAAAAGAAUAUCUCCGGAUCAGUAUGCAAGAGGAUGGGUGACUACCCUUUUCUCUGGUGUGUGUUCACUACCAGCUGUUUGUACAAUGUGGGAUUUGUACUUUAUGCAAGCUGAUCCGUUUUUCAUGUUAUUUCUUUCGCUUAUUAUGGUGAUAAAUGCUAGGGAGCAAAUAUUAAGUAUGAAAGACAAUGAUAAGCAGAGCAUAAUAGAUGCAAUAGCUGCUAUGCCUUGUGCUCUGGAAGCAGAGGAUGUAACAGACUUUUGCUCUCUGGCACAAUAUUAUGCGAUGAAAACACCGUCCUCUUUUAAACAGGAUCUGUAUCCGAUUAUGUUCGGAGAAGGUUACGAUGAAAAAUAUAUAUCACAUGCGCUAUGCUUGCCUGUAUCGGCCCAAGAAUUAGUUGAAAAUUCUAUCGAAAGUCCGUCCACACCUAACACCACUGUUGAAUCAGUUAGAUUUUUUUUAGUAGACUGUAGACCUGCCGAGCAGUACAAUGCAGGACAUCUGCCAACUGCGUUUCACUUAGAUUGUAAUUUGAUGCUCCAAGAACCAGCUGCGUUCGCCACAGCGGUGCAAGGAUUGUUGCAGGCACAACGACAAGCACUAGCUGUAGGAUCGCAAGCUGGCGGUGAACAUCUUUGCUUCUUGGGAAGCGGUAGGCAAGAAGAAGAUCGUUAUACACACAUGGUAGUCGCAUCUUUUUUACAGAAGCAUACACAGUAUGUCAGUAUGGUUACAUCAGGAUAUCAAGCUAUACACGAAUACUUUGGCGAUGAAGUCGUUUCUAGUCUCGUUGAUCAUAAUUCACAACAUUGUUUAGUAUGUAACGCGAAUAUAUCCGAAACAAAUUCUAAUGAAUCGAGUCCUGCCAGAGUCAAGAAUAAUAAUUCUGAUUUGCUUGGAAAGAUAAAGAAAGUGAAGGAAAAGUUGUUCGACUAUAUCGUUAAUCCAUCAGCAAGUGUUCAUAAUAACGUGGAAAAUAGAAAUGGCAAGGAUCCAGAGUAUACUAAACGGCAAAAGAAAACUGCUCCUGUGUUUAGCAUAGACGAUGAUCAAGAAUUAGAUAUGACAAUGACAAACCAUGAAAGCGAAGAACCCAUUGAAGUAGUGUCGAUUCAACAAUGGAUGAAGGAUCCAAAAUUACUACAUUCCUUUAAAUGCCAAGAAGUGAAAGUGAAUAGAGAUCUCUGUGAUAGUAUACUUUUGGUUACUGACACUCAUCUUAUUGUACUCCGGGAAAUACCAGAACGAAAAGGCGCAGCACACGUAAUUGUCAAGCGUCCGUUGACGAGUAUUGUUAAAAUAACGUCUAGAAAACGACAUUCGGAUCUGAUCACAUUUAAAUACGGUACAACACAGUACAAUGAUACGGUCAUCUCAGACAUGGAUAAAUUUUUAAUUCCUAACGCGACUGAGGCUACCAAAUUGAUAACACAACAAAUUCUGAAACAAUUGAAACAAACCAAUUAACAUCUUAAGUGUUUUAUUAAUAUCGAGCCCGCUGAUUGGACUACAAUAUGUACAGACAAGAUUCAAUUUAUUUUAAAGGAGUUUUCACGGACAAAUAUGAGAAUGGACAUUUUUUUAUUCGUUUAACCGAAUACAAUGUUCUUUAUUAAAUGGUACUACGAUCGCAACAUUGUAAUAUUAGUGUAAUUAAAGAUGAAAGUCUCUGUAGUGGAAGAUUUUAACACAAGCGUGUCAUAUAUAGAACUGAUUAACACGAUGUCAUCAAAUGAUUAUACGACCAAACAUGAUUUACAACUGGAUUGUGAGGUUUUGGUGAUUUUACUAAGUCAUUUCUUUCAUGGACAUGCACAUGCACUUUUUAAAGUUUUUAAAAACGUACAAUUUCCACGGAAAAAGCAUUUUUCGCAUUUCUUUAUUAUAGUAAAGCUCACGAUGAGCGUUAAUAAUUUUGAGCUUAAUUAUUAUUUCA